GUACUUUCCUUUUUCUGAGCGUGAAACCCUCGAAGGCCCUUCCUCGGAUCACUUAACACACCCUAAAUUUCCUAUAAAUCGUGCCUAACUUAAUCAGUUUUCGAUCUUAAAUCUUCGAUCAAUUCAAUCUCCAUAUUCUCCAUUUCUCUUCCUCUGUUAUUAGAUUCGAUCACUUAUUCCUUCUAUUUUUUUACCUCUCCAUCGAUUGAACCUUUUUAUACCCCUUGCCGUGUUCUAGAUUCAUUUCUAGGGUUAGGGUUUCUUGGACUCUCUUUGAUUCUUUGUUUUCAAAGGUGGGUUUUGUUCGAUCUUUAAAUUUAAGCUUGUAUAUUUGUAUUUCUUGUCCUAAAUUUAUCUGGUCACUUGAAUUUUUCGGUUUUUUUUUUUAAUUUUGAAACUUUGCGCCUCUUAGAAUCUCUUAAUUUCUAUCGGUUUUUUGUUCGAUUCAACUUGGUUCAUAUCUGUCCCUUGUUUGGAUUUUUUUCGUUUGUAAAUUAAGGCUAUUCCGAUACUAGAAAAUUAGGGAUCUAUAAUUUUUUAUUUGUGAAUUAGGAUUUUUGGAAAUUUUUAUUUGUUUUUCAAAUUCAUCAAUCACGUGACAUUAUCUACUGCUCAAAGACCAAUUUUUACGCCAAAAUUAAAAUGAUUCAGAAACGUGCUUUUGCUGAUGAUAAUUCAUAUGAGGUUGCUUGUAAGCACCCCCGGCAAAUGGAGCAUAAUGAUCAGUUUGCUCCUAUAUUUCCACUUGACAAUGCUCACCAGAAACAUCUAGUUUCAGGUGAUGACACUUACAGAGAGUGUCAAGAUGUAGGGAGGUCUGCAAGUGACUUGGUCACUGAAUAUUCAAAUGGAACCAGCAAGGAGUUUGAAACUGGUGACAAUGGUUGUUUUCCGCAGUUUUUGUGGAUCAGCAAUGGGAUUCUUGAAGCAGAUAAUUUAUCAUUCUUCCCAGAAUAUUUUGAUGAUGGCCACCAGCUCAGGCCUUUACUUGAGCCUGAAGAGGCCCGCACAUCUCAUGAUUUUACUUUUCGGAAGUCGGUUUCAAUUGGACCAGAGCAUCAAGCUAAUGUUCUGGAGUGGGGCUCACAGGGUUCAAGCGCCUCCCUGAACCAGCUAGAUGAGUCUAACCUUCAAGUUGCACGUGCACAGUCAUCUAGCCCAGGUGUUAUAAUUGAUGGUUGUUAUGAGAAUCUGAUGGGCACUUGUGUCCUUCCCAUGCCUGAACUGGAAGCACCUGCAAAUUAUUGUUAUGAAGCCACUAAAGUUGACUGUGGGUGCCCCGAUGCAGGUUCUAUCAGAUGCAUAAAACAACAUGUCUCAGAAGCUAGGCUGAAACUUAGGGAAAACCUUGGGGAAGAGAUAUUUGAGAGGUUGGGGUUCUGUGAUAUGGGAGAAGUGGUUGCAAAUAAAUGGACUGUUGAGGAAGAGCAAAUCUUCCGUGAGGUUGUUAUAUCUAAUCCUAUAUCAUUAGGCAAAAACUUUUGGGACAAUCUGUCGGCGACAUUUCCUUCCCGAACAAAAAAGGACCUUGUCAAUUAUUAUUUCAAUGUAUUCAUGCUUCGGAAACGUGCUGAGCAGAACAGGUUUGACCCACAAAAUAUUGAUAGUGAUGAUGAUGAAUGGCAAGGAAUUGAGGGUGAAACAGUAGAGAACGAUGAGGAUUCUGCAGUGGAAUCCCUGGCUGGUCAGGAUUCCUCAGCUUAUUGUCAAGAGGACCAUGCAGAGAAUUGCAAUGAAUAUGUUGAGGAUGAGGAUGAAGUUGUUGCUUCUCAAGAUGGUGUUGAUAAUGUUGUCCAUAAAGUUGCAACUGAUGAGGAGUGUGAGGGGGAUGUAGAUGAUUUUUCAGGAACACAAUUUGGGAUUUACCACAGUGAUUGUGCUGGUGAUCUUGGACAUAAACAUUUCAGUCAAAUUUCUGGGAACUAUGCAGAUGAUUUCGAUGUUCAAGAUGAUUCAUGCACAUCAUAUGAGCAUCAUCGAGACAGCAUUGAUUGUUGUGGUCCACUUGAUAUAGGAGCUGAUGGGAGACACUCUAGUUAAGUGUGAUAAUUUCACAGUAAAUAUUCUUGAUGGUUUGAGAGGAAGAUUUCAGGGAUCUGUUUGGUAUCCCUGCUGUUGUUCUCCAAGACUGGAUAUUAUUAUGGAAAGUCAAGGAAUUAAUAUGAUUACUCAUGGAAGCUUGGAGAAGCUGAUGCCUGGUAUCCAAUGUUGAUUACUGGGAAGCAGUGGUUGUACUGUACAUCUUUCCAAAUUGAAGUUGGCUGUUUCAGGCAUUGGUUUUAAAGGGUCUGGUAGUGCCAGAGUUUCCUCGGGAGGCCUUGCAAGGCUCACUUGGCCUAAUUAAGAACGAUUUCAGAUUGACAGUUAUGGCAAUACUACUGCAAAAUCCUGUUUUGGUUGCAAAUAUUUGAUGAUUUAGGUGGAAAGCAUUUUGCAAGACGCAAGUAGUCUUAUAAAGUUGAUUGAUUUUUCAUGUUUGGGCCAAAGGGACGCUCGUGGCAAUUUGCAUAGCUGUGGGUGCGUAAUUUGCAUAGCAUGACUUGAAUCCUGUUUCUUUUUAUCUCAGCUGGAUCAGUGUCAUGGUAACAAUCUUGCUGUUUUGUCACCCCAAGUUGGAAAGACCCUGGGUUCACCAUCUGAAAGGAAUGGUGUCUUAAAGAGGCUUUUCAUCUCUUCUGUUGGUUCCCCCGCCUCUUGACAUGAUAAUUACUUGCUUCCAAUAUUCCUAGCGAUGGUUUUUGUGUCAUUAGUGUUUCUGCCAGUGGUAAUUGUGUUUCUAGCCCCCCCAUUAAGUUUGUAGAUGGUUUAGCUUUAGCUUUGUAAGAGAGAACUCCAUACCAAUGUAACGAUAUUUGUGACAAUAAUAUUCAGUACUAUUCAUUUU